UCGUUGGUUGGUUCGUUCGUUCGUUCGUUCAUUCGUACGUUCGUUCGUUCGUCGUUCGUACGUUUUCGAUCUCGUGUCGCGACGAUUCGAAAGAGAGUGUAAACGUGCGAACAAAAACCAGAAACGUAACGACGAUCAUCGUGGUAGAGACGAAAAAAAGGAAAAGGAGAGAUAGACAGACAUAGAUAGAGAGAGAGAGAAAAGGAAAAAAGGGCUCGAUCCUCGUUCGAUCCCUCGAAAGUGUUGUUGUUAAUCGUGGAUGGCGAACAUACGUGUUGAAGAAACAACGAGGAUCGUACGAUGAGCGACGGUAUUGCCGGUGCGAUCGCGAUCAGUUUAUUCGGACUCGUAUUCCAGGAGACGAGAAGAAGAGGAGGGACAGCAUGGACACAGCGGGUUACUCGGUUCUCUCCAACGACGACGUCUGCAGAAUGUUCGAUCAGUAUUCCUAUAAGAGAAACGACAAUCUCGAUUUGUCCUUGAACGACGGCUACAAUAUGGCUGACCAGACAUUUCACACGCCGAGUUUUGGGGAUGAGGUAUUCGACAUUCCACCGAUUCAUCCGCAUCCACAUCAGCAACAUCAGCCGCCGCCCCAGCAGCAACAACAACAGCAACCUCAGCAACAGCAACAACAGCAUCAUCAACAACACGAUCCCAUGCACGGGUAUCAGUCGCAGAUGAUACAGUCCGCUGGAAUGCAGCAAUCUCCGGACGGCCUCAGUCUCGAUCCCGGUGGGUACCAACAACCGUUGUACCUGCAACAGGAACACUCGAUGCAGGCCAUCAAUGUCAGUUCAGCGUACAGUAGUCCUCAAGGAUCGUACACGAGCAUGAGCUCGCCGCGUCAACAGCAUAGCAAUUUGUUGUUACUUCAACAACAACAGCAACAACAACAACAGCAACAACAUCAACAGCAACAACAACAUCAACAACAAGUGCAGCUUCAACAUAUGCAAUAUAUGCAUUCUCAGCAACAACAGCAACAACAACAACAGCAACAGCAACAACAGCAGCAACAACAACAACAACAACAACAACAACAACUUCAAUUACAAUAUAGAAGCCCUACCGGUGGAAGUCCUCCUGCUAUGCAAUCAAACAUUCCAGAAAAUAAUAACAAUACUACGACCAGCGAAGAUAGCGACGACAGCACUCCUCAUUCGGGGACUAUCGCAGGUAUCAAACGACCAUCACCGGAACCAACCGAUGUCGGAGCUAAAAAUCAGAGAAAAACUAAAUCACAAAAGAAGAAGAAGAAGAGGGACCCUAACGAACCCCAAAAACCAGUGUCGGCUUACGCUCUCUUCUUCAGGGACACACAGGCAGCGAUCAAAGGACAAAAUCCUAACGCUAGUUUCGGCGAAAUUUCAAAAAUCGUUGCAUCAAUGUGGGAUGCUUUGGAGAUCGAACAUAAGAACGUUUAUAAGAAAAAGACUGAAGCGGCUAAGAAGGAGUAUUUGAAGGCGUUGGCAGCGUAUAGGGCAUCCUUGGUUAGUAAAGGAGCCGCAGAGAAUGAACAGCAACAGCAACAACAUCAACAACAGCCACAACAUCAGCAACAACAGCAGCCACAAGUGCAGUACACCGGAUACGCUAGUUAUGGUGGAAAUGGCGGACAAGGAAACGUUGCAUAUGAAGUUUAUAGUCCUCAACCUCAACCACCGUCGCCUCAGCAACAACAUCAACAACAUCAGCAUCAACAUCAGCAACAGCAACAACAGAUGGCCAUUAAGAAGUCACCGCAUCAUCUUACGAUGCAGGGUAAUCCUCAGCAGCAGGCACAACAGGGAUUAUUGAGCAAUGCUAUGGCAUCGGCGCAUAUGACGCAACAACAACACAUGCAGCAACAGGUGUCACAGCAGCAAUACAUGCAGGUGCCGCAGCAACAAGUACAGCAGGUACAAGUACAGCAACAACAACAAAUGAUACAUAUGAGUCCUCCUAGAGGAGACUCGCUUUCAAGUCCACCUCCGGUAAGUGCUUCGCAAGCUGCCAUGGUAGGACAAAGACCACCGACAAAUGCAUGUAUCCGUCACGGAUGUCCAAAUCCUGCUGUAGCCAAUAGCGAAUGGGAAGAUGAGUAUUGCAGUAAUGAGUGCGUGGUCAGCCACUGCAGGUUUGUAGAUGUCUUCACCACGUGGGUAUCAUCGAAUCAAAAUCCACAGCAGAACUUCUCCACUGUGAAAUAAGUGUUUACGCAAAAGAGGUCGAACUACGUCGUUAAAUUACAUCGAGGCUCUGUAACGUGCAGGGUCUGUUGUUAAGUAAGAUAUCUAAACUAAUGUGUAUAUAUAGGCAGCAAGAAGGAGAAUGAGAUAAAAGUAAAAGUCAGCGAGAGUACGAUCGUAAAAUAAAAAAAGAAACAAACAGGACUUAAACGGAUAUGUCACACAAUACAAUCUCGUGUAUGCGAAAGAAACAACGUAGCAUCGUCCAUCAGGAAGUGUCGUCUAAUCACGUUAUAUAUAUAUGUAUAUAUAUAUAUAUAUAUAUAUUUCGGAUCAGAUAGAGAAAGCGGAUACGUUACUUUGUAGAACGGGAAGAUACGUGUAAAUUAAGAAGCCUUAUUCACAAUAAUCAAUUACUCUGGUCAAAACACUGUCUAUCUACAAAAGCUCGGGGGAUAAUAAUUAUUAGUGCGGCUUUUUAAAUACGAAAGAAAUGAGACUUGUCGAUUUUCUUUCAUAAACCGCAAUAAUAAUAAUAAUAAUAUAAUAAUAAUAAUAAUAAUAAUUAAUAAUAAUAAAUAAUAAUAAUAAUAAUAUAAUAAUAAUAAUAAUUAUAAUAAUAAUAAUAAACAGCAUUGUUUGUCGAUAGACGAGGCGUGCCAACUGUACAGUUAACAGUACGUUCGUUCAUUUAAAUUAACGAAAUCGAUUAAAAGCGGGUGGCAAUUUUUCACAAACGAUCGUGAAUAUAAUUUGUGAUCGACAUAAAUAAAUGUCGUCCUUAUUCUAUGAAUUGCAUUAUUCAUACGUAAAAUGAAAAUCCUAUGUGGAUAGUUAAAUAGAGAGCAGAGAAUAUUAGUCACGCACAAUGGUGCGGGGAUAAGAAAUGAGAGAGAGAGAGAGAGAGAGAGAGAGAGAGUGAGAGGGAGAGAGGGAGGUAUAUUGCAUGUAAAUAAUAAUAAUUGCGAUAAGAAAUACAUCCCAUUUAUAAUAGUGAAAGAAAAGUGCGAUAAAAAAGAGAGAGAGAGAGAGAGAGAGAGAGAGAGAGAGAGAGAGAGAGAGAGAGAGAGAGAGAGAGA